AUGUCUUCUAUCCCUUCCAAUAACCAGCACGCUGCGCCCAAGAUGCGUCCCGUUACAGGGUCCUAUUUGCUGAAGCAGAGGCCCAUCCAUCUUUUCCACGACAUCAAGGAAAUCAUCAAGAAUAGCGGCGUCACACUGUCCGAAAGCUGCUCCCAAGAGCUCAAGCGGUUUUUAGACGGAAAGCUUGAGCCUUACUCGCUUCCAUAUGGUGCGAAGCGUCCCAACCUCCAGGCUAAUCUCGACAACAUUGCUCGUCUUCGCGUUAGGAGGGCUCAACUCAAGGGCCAGGGCGCGACUUCAGAGUCGUUUCCCUCAGCCAACACCGACAAGCGCAACGGUUUCAACACCAACCCGCGAAACGUCGACGAGUCUUUUAUGGAUGUCUCCUCGAAUGUCCAAACAGCUCCGGCAGUACCGACACCGAGGACUUUGUUGAAGCGUGCUAGGGCCAACGAGACGGUAAAGUACGAUACCAUGUAUCGGAGAGGCCCAUUCGAUGAGGUCGCCAACCGGGCCCAUUCUCCAUACAGCUUCAAGGAGGCUCCUGUCGCGUCCAAGAGGUCUACCAAGGCUGAGACCUUCGAGCACGGUCCAGAGGACUUGAACGGGUCUUUCUACCUCCACCAUGACUGUCCGGCCUUCAAGAAGUUACUUCUGCAAGUCGACCAAUCCGCAUACGACAAGCCGUCUUUGAUCCAGGAGUGCGCCGACUCCCUCGAUGUAGUUGAAGAAGAACCCAUUGAGCGUGCACCCCUCUCUAUCACGAAGGACGACUUGGUGAAGCUGAAAGAUGGUACGGACAGCAACGCCAAUGGUCGUAGCAAACUCGAUCCUGAGGUCAACUCCAAGCCUACACCUGCCCCUGUCAUCAAGAUUGAGAACGCCAUGACCACGAGCGCUAAGCGCGCCCUCGAUGCUUUUGAAGAGAUAAACUCCGAGGCCGUCUCCUUCACUUCUGACAACCUCGACGUUAUCAGCAAUACCCGCCCUGCUGUCAACCAGACACCACCGUCCGUCCCUGCUAUCAAGACCGAGGACGUCGCCCCUGGCCCUCAGAGCUCCCUCAGCUCGUUUAUGUCCCCCGGCUUCCAGUCAUCGCCUUCAGAUGUCAAGCAGGAGGUCCAGGACACGCCCCGCCAGCUCCCGCUUCCUCAAUUCCUUCGCCUCCUCCGGUGA